CUGGAUCUCCGGCUGCGUUUCUUUCGUAGGAAAACCGUGUGGGCUUGCUGCUGGGAGGCAGCUGCGCUGCGUGUGGCACAGCAGAGCAGGAGGAGCGUGACUCAGCCCCCGUGCCACCGCCGUGCCGGCUGCCGCAGCACCCCGGGUCCUGCUUGCUGGCCGUGCCGACCCUGAGCGGAGCCACCUCUCGCGGCUCAAUUCGGCCGCAGCCCUGCGGUUCCCGUCGCCUGCCCUUCCCCGCAGCCUCCCGGGGCGCUGAGGUCGGGUUCGCCGUGUCGGGGAGCUCCCGGCCCCCGCCGGGGGGGCGCCCGCUGCCCCUCCGGGCCCGCAGCGCUGCGCCCGCCCCGCUCCGCCCCGCAGCCGCCGCCCUGCCCUCGGCAGCCCGAUCCCAGGCGAUCCCACUCGAUCCAAUCCGAUCCAAGGCGAGCCGAGCCCAGCCGAGCCGCACAGGCGCACGCAGCGCGGAGAGCGCCGCGGCCCCGCCCGGCUCGGCACGGCCCGGCACGGCCCGGCCAUGUCCGCCAGAGUGGCCCAUCCUCAAGAGCCUCACCACCCAUCGGAAAAGCCAGUCAUCCACUGCCAUAAAUGUGGAGAGCCAUGUAAAGGUGAAGUACUCCGUGUUCAGGCCAGACACUUUCACAUCAAAUGCUUCACCUGCAAAGUGUGUGGCUGUGACUUGGCACAAGGAGGCUUUUUCAUUAAGAAUGGGGAAUACCUUUGUACUUUGGAUUACCAGCGCAUGUAUGGUACCCGCUGCAACGGCUGUGGGGAGUUCGUUGAAGGAGAAGUAGUGACAGCUCUGGGAAAAACUUACCAUCCAACCUGCUUUGCCUGUACUGUUUGCAAGCGCCCAUUUCCACCAGGUGAUCGAGUUACCUUUAAUGGAAGGGAUUGUCUCUGUCAGUUGUGUGCUCAGCCAAUGUCCUCCAGCCCCAAAGAAUUGUCUGCCUCCAGCAAUUGUGCUGGCUGUGGAAGAGACAUAAAGAAUGGACAAGCAUUGCUAGCUCUGGAUAAGCAGUGGCACCUGGGAUGCUUUAAGUGUAAGGCCUGUGGGAAGGUCCUAACUGGGGAAUACAUCAGCAAAGAUGGUGCUCCUUAUUGUGAAAAGGACUAUCAGGUUCUUUUUGGAGUCAAGUGUGAAGCAUGUCACCAGUUCAUUACUGGGAAAGUCCUAGAGGCAGGUGACAAGCAUUAUCAUCCAAGCUGUGCACGAUGCAGCAGGUGCAACCAAAUGUUCACGGAAGGAGAAGAAAUGUAUCUGCAAGGUUCCACUGUCUGGCAUCCCGACUGUAAGCAAUCCACUAAGACCGAAGAGAAGCUAAGGCAUUCCUCAUCUGAGUUCUUUUAUCCAAAGAGUCUGGUUCUGCGCAGACCACGCUCUGCAGAGCUAUUAUCACCGCCUUGCAUAAUGAACUCUAUCAAAAAACUAAGGCAGCCUACGAGAACAUCAUCAGAAAGUAUUUAUUCCAGACCAGGUUCCAGUAUACCUGGCUCACCAGGCCACACUAUCUAUGCAAAAGUAGACAAUGAGAUCCUUGAUUACAAGGAUUUAGCAGCCAUUCCCAAAGUCAAGGCCAUUUAUGACAUUGAACGUCCAGACCUAAUUACUUAUGAGCCAUUCUACACUUCCGCCUACGAGGACAGACAGGAGAGACAGAGUCUUGGAGAGUCUCCAAGGACGUUAUCACCUACCCCUUCUGCAGAAGGUUAUCAAGAUGUUCGGGACCGCAUGAUUCACAGGUCUACUAGUCAGGGCUCCAUUAAUUCUCCAGUGUACAGUCGUCACAGCUACACACCCACCAUGUCACGUUCCCCUCAGCAUUUCCACAGACCUGAGCUGCUCUCUACUGGUGUGCAGCGGUUGUCAUACCUGCGCACUAGCAGUCUCAGCUCCGCACACCAUGACUCCCGCCCCAACUCCCCCUUCCGACACCACUUCAUCCCCCAUGUCAAAGGCAAUGAGCCGUCCAGCGGUCGGAACUCCCCUGUCCCCUAUCGGCCAGACAGCCGCCCUCUCACUCCAACUUACGCUCAGGCCCCUAAACAUUUCCAUGUUCCAGAUCAAGGUGUCAACAUUUACAGAAAACCUCCAAUCUACAAACAACAUGAUGCAGCUGCUUUGGCAGCACAGAGCAAGUCCUCCGAGGAUAUCAUCAAGUCCUCCAAGUUCCCAGCAGCUCACGCACCAGCACCCAACGAGAUACCAAAGAUUGAGACGGACCACUGGCCAGGUCCUCCCUCCCUUGCAGCCAUAGGAUCUGACAUGAGACGCAGGUCAAGUGGAAGAGAGGAAGACGAUGAGGAGCUACAGAGACGCCGGCAACUGCAAGAGGAGCAGCUCAUGAAGCUUAACUCUGGUCUUGGACAAUUGAUACUGAAAGAAGAGAUGGAAAAGGAGAGGUCAUCCCUUUCUGCCAGUCGUUACGAUUCUCCAGCCCAUGCUUCAGCCUCCAAAACCUCUUCUCUUCCUGGCUAUGGAAAAAAUGGACUUCACAGGCCGGUGUCUACAGAUUUUGGUCAGUACAACAGUUACGGGGAUGUGAGUGGUGGUGUUAGAGAUUUCCAGUCCCUUCCGGAUGGUCAUGUCCCUGGAAUGAGAAUGGACAGAGGAGUAUCUAUGCCUAACAUGUUGGAGCCAAAGAUUUUUCCAUAUGAAAUGCUCAUGGUGACCAACAGAGGGCGAAAUAAAAUACUAAAAGAUGUAGACAGAACCAGGCUGGAGCGUCACUUAGCACCUGAAGUUUUUCAAGAAAUAUUUGGCAUGACGAUACAGGAGUUUGACAAGUUACCUCUCUGGAGACGCAACGACAUGAAGAAAAAAGCAAAACUCUUUUAAUCUCCCUUUAAAGAAACCAACUUAAAAAUGGUACAUAGGAUAUUGUAUCAUACAGUCCAAACUAUUUGGCAGCAACUACCUACCCACCAAAAAAGGAAAAUCGCAUAGUGGCACCUCUGCACACAGCAAUUGAAGACGAACAUUUGCCCUCCUGGAACAUAGGGAAGGAAAUAUCUGAGCUCAGAAACAACAAAGAUGAUUUUCAGAGGUGUUGACCUUUUACAUGAUCUCAUACAAGAUAGGAAACUGUUCUUCUCCCUCAGUGAUACUCCCUUUACUUCUCUCCAUAACAUGAUGGACUUUAUUGCUAGAGCCAGGAAGUGCCCUUAGGACGCCUUGUAGACUAAAGUAGUUGUAACCACUCCAAGAACUGGAAAAGAAAUAUAUAUAUAUAUAUAUAAAAAUAUAUAUAUAUGUAAGUGUGUUUGCGUGUGUGCGCACAUGUAUUUAUAUCUAUCCAUCUGUGUGUAUGUAUGUGUAUAUAUGUGUAUAUAUAUGGAGAGAAAGAUAGAUAGAUACUCUGUAGUGAAGGAGAAGCCCUUUGUAACACGCCCAUAUGGUCACGUUGUCUUUCACACAACUGUUUCUUAGUUGGCAGUCUUUUGAAAUGACAUCUUUGUGUGAUACAGUCUGCAAAGGUGGGCGCUCUGCUCCUUUGCAGUGCAUCCCAGUUGAAUUCUUGGAAAGCGGGCUCCUUGUACCUGUAUAUAUUUGGUAGGAUAUAUAGGAAGUGAAUUGCUGUGUCUGUUGCCAGUCUUCCCUCUUCCACACUUUCUGCUUGAAUUAAUAAGGCUGGAGCUUAACCAGUCAAAUAAUUUAAGAUCACUCAAGUAAUGGGAAUGAUGGAGAAGAGUCAGUUUUCUUGUAAUUUAAUCCAGGAGAUGGGUGGAUGAGGGUGGGAGUGAUAGAGUGAGAAAAUGCUUUUUUUAAGUGUGCCCUGGUUCACACCCAGAGAUUUCAGGACAGACUCCCUGCUAGUCAUUACUAGUACAGCCCCUCAGAUUGCUGUGGAGCUGUAGGAUUUUACAUAAGCAGGGAAGACGGUUCUCUGCAAGCCAACACACAGUUUCAUCCCUCUUGGGGGAGGAAUGUUCAUGAACUAAAAGGUACCACCAAGGUGGUACCAUGCUCUGCCAAUAGAGGCUUUUUGAUUAAAUUGCAGUUGCUGUUGUCAAUAUGGCACAGUGCAUGGGGCCAAGCACUCUCUUUUUAGUUAGUGUAGUUUUUCACUUGUGCUUGGAAAAGAGGGCACAGGCUUUUUUUUUUUUUUUUUUUUUUCCUCUUGAAGCUUCAGAGCUCCAGCCUUGGUUAUAUUUAUUUCCCUUUGUGCCUGACUUGGUUUGUGGAGACAGAGAAAUCAUGCAAGAUGGUUUCUGAGCUGCAUUGAACUCCUCUUGCUUUCAGUCUUCUUCCACUAUGCUGCAGCUUGGAAAAAAAAAUAAAAAUAACAAAACUGCCUAUAUAUACCUUAACUGCUUCUGGGCAGGUCCUUAAGAGAUGGACAUGAGCACCAAAGUAAUUGAAUACAUGCAUUGUGGCUGCAAGGUCAGCUUUUUUCUUCCUCGGUGCUUAACUGCCAAUGCAUACUGCACUAAUGAGCCCAUCUCCUGGUAUCGGAGAGGGACGUUCAGGUUCUGUGUCUGUCAAAGAAUAUCAAGGUUUCAUUUCUAAUGCAGAAACUUUUGGCACUGGAGACAUCAGAACCUUUGUAUUUUCUGUUAUGAGACAUUGGUGUUAAAAGUCUGGAAGUCAGGAAGGGGAAACAGUCCCACAUAGUUGUGAGAUUCGAUAUCACUGUGCUGACUUCUGUGUCUCACCACACGGCAUUUCACCAUGAAACGUGCGGGACAGCCCAAACCCUGCCUCUUCUGUGCUGGUUUAGGAAGUCCUGUUAUAGCAGAUCACCGUGGUUCCUUUGAUCCAACCUGAGCUGAAGACUCAGUGAUUGAGAGGCAGAUGCAAGGGGUCAGCACCUGCUCCAUGCUCUAGGGCUAAGGGAAGGGUGAGCCCAAGGGACAAGCUGGAGGACGUGCUCCUGUGCAGAGCUGGCCUCGUAGUCCCAUAUGAACACAAGCCCUUGGUGAAUACCAUGACAUGCAGUUAGCUGCAAGGUAGCUCUCUGGACCUCACUGAGAUUGCAGCAAGGCUCAGUUCAACAUGUUUUACUUCAUUUUUCAGAACAAGCAUCUGAAAUGGUUUUAGAAGAACGCUGGGAAGCAAAUAGGAAUGCCAGGGAGGGCACUGGCAGGUUGAGAUGCAUUUCUGAGUGGCAGCUGAAACCAUAGCCAUGCAGUGAAAGGACAGCAGUGUCUCACAGUCACUCGUUUCGUGAACACUAGUCUCAGAGAUUCAGUGUAUGAUGUCUGUGAAGGUGUGGCUUAACUCCGAGAUGAACAUUUGGGUUUUAAUUAUUUAAAGUAUUAAAUUCUCCACAAUUUGUUUUGAUGCCCUGAUGCUGCUGCUCAGAUGCAGCAGGCAUUAUGAGUCUUUUAGCCCAAGUCACCUUGACAACAAACCUUUUUGGUGUGAAGUCUGCUCUCAGGGACGUGAGCUGCCAGUCUGCAUUUUUCUGUCCCCAUCUUUACAUUACUAUUGAACUGCUCACAAGGUAUGUAAAUAUACUACCUGGUCAGUUCAGAGGUGGUUACACCAGGUUGUCUUGUCUUCUAUUCUCUCUUCUCCCUCCCCUCAAAAAAAAAAAACAACAAAACAAAACAAAAACAAAAAAAACACUUCCUCAGCCUUUGAGAAUGACAAGAUAAUUUGUGUCUGCCUCAUCAACUGAGAAUUUAAAUCUGCAAUUGCACCUUGGGAAGGAAUGAGGAGAAGCCAGCUCAGAUGCAGCAGACACAAUUAAUUUCUAACUGGAUUUUGGGCCUGUUCUAGUGUUCAGCAUAGUCAGUCAGUUCACUGCUCUCUACACUGGACUUACUACUGCUUUAUUUCUGAUUAAGGAUGUGAAGGGUUAAUUCCUCUUAAUAUCCCACCCAUCCAGAAGCAGAACCACCCCAAGAUCCCAUGGCCCCAAAGAGCAGGCCACAGCCGGCCGUGGGAUGGGUGGGCAGUUUCUGCAAUGGGCUGUUAGCAAUUGUCACUGCAAUAUUUUCUUUCAUCUGGUCUUCCCACCUCAUAAAAAUGGAAAGGCAGCUCCAGGGAGAGUUUUCUGUGUAAGCAGUGAAUCAUUUUCCUAGUAUCGAUCCAGUAGCAUAUUGUUUGUUGGGCAGCUCUGUGCUGUUGGGCAGUUCUUUGUAAUUCCCCUCUCAAUAGUCCCUUGUGGCCAAUAAAUUUGAAUAUUGUAAUGUAACAGAGAGUCAAAGCUUUUUAAUAAGACUCUAAAUUAUUCAGUAAAUACUUAAGUGUGUGUAAGAAUAUGCCUUAAGUACACGCUCAAAUUCUUCUGUCUCGUGCAAAGCAUUUGAGCUUCUGAUGAAGCCCCAUCAAACUCAGCGCUGUCAACAAUGUCACUGCCAAGAGGACUGAAACCUGACUGCUUUUGUCUCAUUUUUUUCCCCUUUCUGCUUUAAGAAUGAUGUAAGAGCAAAGACCUGUCAAAACAGGCACGUGGGGUGGAAUUGCAAAACAGCCAUACAGGUGUGCAGAAUGGGAUCAUAGACACGUGCAGGUUGUCAAAAACACAGGCACAUGUAGCACAAGCUGCCCUUAUGGAGUUGAGAUGCUCUGUGAGGAGUUAACCUGGAAUUUCCAAACUCUGCAUUGUGUUGAAAAGACAGCAGUAAUUAAGAAGGAUGUCACCUGCAUAUGUGCUUGUAUCUGCAGGGCUCCUGGGUACCUGCUUCUGAGAUCAAGCAAGUGUGCAGAACACAAGGUCACUGUCCCACUUUGUGGAAGUGCAAGGUUGGCCACGUGUGGUAUCAUCUAAAAGGCAUUCUCAAACAUAUGUGAACAUUUGCAGUGCCCAUUCCUGGCAGUGCUUAGAUGGAAGAGUAAAACCUUGUGCAGCAGAUUAAUGGGGAAUCCAGAGAUUUGGCCUGCUGGGUUUUGUGGCUUCUUCAGGUCCCAGUCUGAUAAUUUCCAUCAUGACCAAGAGGAGAGCUGCUCUGCAGUACAGUGGAAACAGCUGCCCGUACCCUGGAUGCCCUCGCCUUCACUUGGUGUAAGCUCCAGCCUGCUGACAGUCAGAAGUGGAAAUAAGUGUGGUGAAAUAAAUAUGAUAAAUAUCUUCCCUGAAGGUAGUAAAAUGAAGCCAACUUGAAAAAUAGGUUUGGAAAUUACUAAACUGUCCGCUCUUUCUCAGUGAAGUGAUUGAUCUAUUGUAGCCUCAGUUUGGAAGCUGAGUGUAGCAUCUCAACUCUGCCAGUGUCCUAUCCCAAACUUGACAAACUUUCUGUACAGCUGGAAGAGUAAGUUCUUGUGAAGCUUGCUCUCAGAAUUUCAUGCUUUUUUUUUUUUUUUUUUGAAUUGUUUGUUACCAUUUCAUGCUGGUGUCAUUUAACACAGGUUUUAGUGGUGUGAGUCUCAGAAACAUACUCUUUUUUUUUUUUUUUUCCAGUUUGAUUAGUAGCCUUUCAUUCAGUAUGGUUUGUGCACAUAGCUGCAGUGUGCUGUGAAAGGUUAGACUAGGAAAACAGUAAGUUUCUUACCGCUGCAUGUGGGACAAGAUAGCUCAGUGGUUCCAGUAAUGCUUUCAUAGAAAUAAAAGUCAAGAAAGUGGUCAUCUCGUCUUACCAAGCUGAAUGGUCCCAAGUCUCUGUGGGGCCAGCACUGCAGUGCUCCCUGCCCUUCCCCUGUUGCAAUCUGGAAAUCCUUUCUCAGCCAUAUGGUUCAGACACCCUGCUCUUCAGGGGAGGUUGCUAGGGGUCUCUUUUGUGAAAGUGUUACUCUGAAGUUAGACAAAUUUUGAAGUGAAGUCCCUUCCUGUAAGUCAUUGCUCCUCCUGGGGUGUUUCUGCUAUGUCAGGUAAUGUCAACGGAUGGAGAAGUGUUAAGUUCUGGGAAGGAGGACAGCUGGCAUAAACUUGCUUUCUCCAGGGUUUGCAAGUGUGAUAUUUAGCAAAUUUAUAAGAAAAUGCAUGCCAGCUUGUGCUACCUCUUUCGAACUUUGGGGAAAUCAAGUUUGGAGCAGCUGUAGUUUAUGAGCAUCUAUGCUGAAGUUAACAUUCUGAAGCUAUUUCAACAAGUGAUGGAAAAAAUGGAUCCCCAGAACAGUAAGAAUAUAAGAACAUCCUCCAAACUCAGAGUGGAGUGACUUCUUUUGGCUGUUCCUGACUUAGCAGUAGUUAGGAGAUCCUGGCCCAUUUGGGCCAUAGCCUUGUAGAUACAGACUAAAUGGAAAUCAGCCUUUCUUCCACUCCACAUUUCAUUGCUUUCCUUCUGAAUUUACUUGUAGAGGAGGAGGUCUGCAUCCUGGAAGUUACCUGUGGUGCUAAAAAACAGUCAAUGAUGAUGAAUAAAGCAUGUACAGGAAGCAAUAAAAUCAACUGAUCUGUCCUGAAAUGCCAAUCAGUUUUCCAUAGCAGAGACACUUAGGGCUUGAUCCCGCAGCCCCCUUUCACAUUCAGGUCACGGUCCAGGUCUUUGCCAAACAUUUUGGCCCUGCCUGCACGUCUUCUGGAGUCCAUAUUCUUCAGGGUAGACAUAUGGAGGAAGUGAUCCCGACAAUAUGUGGUAUGUUUUUACCCCAUUGCUAUGUAACGAAGAGCUGGAGAGAGUGACUGCAUGCUGUGAUGGUAGAAAUUUCUAAUCUAGUGUAGGAACACCCUCAUUACUGCAGGUUGCAGGACUGCUCUGGCUGGUGAGCGUUGCCUUUGAUUUCUCCCACACACCUAUUUAGUGCUUAGUAAAGGGCAGGACAAAAAAUCUAUCACUAAAAAAAAAGAUACUGAACUUUUAGUCAGACAAUUCUGCUGGCAGGAGCUGUGUGAUGCUGGCAUUUGACGUGGAGGGAGUAAGUGUUAUUAAUUUUAAUGUGAGCAUCAGUGCAGGAAGUGGGAGUGUAAUUGGCCAUUAAUGUUGUUUGCCUGUAUGCAAAAUAAAUUAUCUGUUGCCCAAAGGGCUUUUAACAGGGAAAAAGAUUUCUGCUAAUGAUUUCCUAAAAAAUGCUUGUCCAUAUGAAGAGGUAAUAAUUCCAUGUGUGCUGUGGUCUUUCUUUUGAGGCAAAAAGAGAUGACUGAAGGCAAGCAGCUAUCUGCUUGGCCAGAAAUCACUACAGUUAAUACGGGUGUUGCUCCUAGGACUUGCAAAGCUGAGGCCACAGGACCUUGCUCCUAGGCAUUAGGAGAUGAGGUAUUAAAGGCUUGCAGAAGCAGCUGCGCGAAUCCCAGCGGUGCCUUACCAGGCUGAGUCUGGCUCCCUUGGGCGCUGACAGGUCCCACUGGACACCCUGACGAAAGCACUACCCCCAGAUGCAAAACCACUGACACCAGUGGGGCCUCUCACUGACAUCCACACGCUUGGGAGCGGGUUCUUUCUCAUCUGGCAGGACCAGGAAAGUGUCUGACUGCUGUGCACGCCCGCAGCAGCCAGCUCUGUGUGUCCCUGCUGGAUCUGUCCUGUCCCAGCAGUGCCACCUGGUCAUUGCUGACAGCUCUUCCUGCGAGAGGGGGCCUUACAGCUGGGGACAUUUUUUUUAAGCUUUGGAAACUGAAACUAGUUUUUCAAAGGUAUAUUUUCCUUUUAAGUCGGUAGAUUUUGGCAAUAGGAUUUUUAUUAUUUUAUUUUUCUUUUCUCCUCCCUCCACACAUUACAAACCAGCGUUUCGGGGAGGUGUCCCUGUGUUUCCCAUUCACCUGUGAGACAGCUCUUGAGUCUCUCUGUAAAAGUGAAUCAAUGUCUUGUCUGUACAGUAAGUCUGCUUGUAUGCCUAAUGAAAAGUUGAGCUGGGUUGCUGUUCUGUACAAUUAGUGUUUCCACUGUCAUACUGCAAACAGCACAUACUGCACUCCUGUGCCACUGUAAUCUGCAUCACUGUUGUACUCAAGUCAAUGAAUAAAGUUUGGAGCUUUAUUCUUAA